GGAAGAUCCUCAACAUGGCUCGAAGCAUGCUAAAAACAAAGAAUAUGCCUAAAGAUUUUUGGGCUGAAGCUGUGGAUUGUGCUGUCUAUCUUCAAAAUCGCUGCCCCACGAAGAGUCUCGAUGGAAAAACUCCACAAGAAGCAUGGCAUGGAGGUAAACCUGGAGUCUCACACUUGAGAGUAUUUGGAUGCAUUGCAUAUGCGCAUGUACCCGAUCAGACUAGGUCAAAACUUGACGACAAGAGUGAGAAGUUUAUAUUCAUUGGAUAUGAUAAACACUCAAAAGGGUACAAACUCUACAAUCCGGAUUUGAAAAAGCUUAUAAUAAGUCGUGAUGUGGAGUUUGAUGAAGAAGGCUUAUGGGAUUGGAGCAUUGGUGACAAAGAAGAUUAUAGUCUCUUGCCUCCCAUGGAAUAUGAAGAAGAAGUUGAAGAAAAUCAUGAAAAUACAACUCCUCCACCAUCUCCCACUCAAGCUCAAGCUUCAUCACCAAGUUCGGAUGAAAGAGAAAUACCACGCAUGAGAAGCAUUGAAGAGCUUUACGAGGUAACACAAAAUUUGAACUCAAAUGAUGAACUUACACUCUUUUGUCUAUUUGGUGAUUGUGAGCCACUAAGUUUUCAAGAAGCCACAAGAAACAAGAAAUGGAGAGAUGCAAUGGAUGACGAGAUCAAGUCAAUCGUGAAGAAUAAAACAUGGGAGCUUGCCACACUUCCACCAAAACAUAAAGCAAUUGGAAUGCAAUGGAUGACGAGAUCAAGUCAAUCGUGAAGAAUAAAACAUGGGAGCUUGCCACACUUCCACCAAAACAUAAAGCAAUUGGAGUGAAAUGGGUAUUUAAGAUCAAGAAAAAUGCAAAAGGAGAAGUUGAGAAGUACAAGGCAAGACUAGUGGCCAAAGGCUACGCCCAGAGACAUGGCAUUGAUUAUGAAGAAGUAUUUGCGCCCGUGGCUAGAUUAGAAACAAUAAGAUUGAUAAUUGCAUUCGCGGCUCACAACAAGUGGAAGAUACAUCAAAUGGAUGUCAAGUCUGCAUUCUUAAAUGGGUUCAUAGAAGAAGAAGUCUACAUUGAGCAACCCGAAGGUUACAAAGUCAAAGGGCAAGAAGGUAAAGUGUUGAGGCUAAGUAAGGCUCUUUAUGGGCUUAAACAAGCACCAAGAGCUUGGAAUAGUAGAAUUGAUCAAUACUUCCAAGCUAAUGGAUUCGUGAAAUGUCCGCAAGAACAUGCUCUAC